AUGGCGCCUUUAAAGAAAGCUCAGCCUUUCAAGAAAGCCUUGCACUUUUCCGAGCAAGAGUUUCAGGACCGACGCAAUCGGGCCCUGGAGCUCAUGAAGCGGGAGAAUCUAGACGGCUUCUUGAUGACCAAACAAGAGUCCCUCUACUACUUCACCGGCUUUGACACCUUCGGAUAUGUCUUCUUCCAGGCCAUGUAUUUUCACAGCGACGGAUCCAUGCGGCUCAUCACUCGCAUUCCCGACCUCCGCCAGGCCUUGUACACCUCGAUUCUGGAGCAGAGUGACAUCCUCAUCCGGUCCGACGAUGCAGGUAGCAACCCCGUCUCGUUGGUCCCCAAGGUCCUCAAAGAUUUCGGCAUCAACUCGUCGUCGAAGCGGAUCGGCUACGAGCCAGACUCGUGUUCCCUGACCCAUCGACUCGGCAAGGCCCUCGAGGAAGCCGUCCAGGGCCUCUGCACGCUCGUCGACCACAGCGACCUUUUCACUCGCGAGCUGCGCAUCGUCAAGUCGGAGGCCGAGAUGCGCAAGGUUCGCAAGGCGGCGUACCUGGCUGACUUUGCCCUCGUCCGGAUGCUGAAGCUUGCCAAGCCCGGCGCGUACGAGGGCGAUCUGUGGCGCGAAAUCGUAGGCACAGUCUACGAGGGAGGUGGCGACGACCCGGCCAACGAGAACAUACUGGUCUCUGGGAACAAGGCGGUCCUCACCCGGUACUCCACGGGCAAGGAUAGUAUUGACCGGCAGCUCACCGCGGAGCAUGCCGCCGCCUACAAGCACUACCACGCCUGCUUGAUGAGGACCAUUCCCAUCGGCGGGGUCACCAAAUUGGCGCGGCGCAUGCACGAGGUCAAUGUGCUGCAGAUGGAAGCUGCCAUGGAGGCUCUCAAGCCUGGUCGUGAGAUCGGCGACGUCUUCGAGGCCUAUGCCCGCGUCGCCGACGAGAACGGAUUCCGCGACCAACGGUUCAACUCGUGCGGCUACAGCCUCGGAGCCACCUUUUCGCCCACCUGGAUGGACUUUCCCAUGUUUGUGCGCGGCCAGAACGUUGUCGCUAAGCCAGGGAUGGUCUUCUUCAUCCACAUCAUUCUUAUGGACAAGGCGACCGAUACGGCAAGCUCUGUCGGUCAUACGGUCGAAGUCACAGAGACCGGCUGUGUGCCGCUGUCUAAGCUGCCAUUCUGCCUCACUCGAAAGCAGACCAUCGCGGCGUGGAAGAAGGUUCGCAAGGAAGAUUAUGGGUUCACGUCCGAGGAGGAGGACGAGGGCGAGAACCUGCAGGACGUUGAACUGUCGGACGGCGACGACGACGCCGAGGACUUUGAAGUAGAGUAUGACUUUAGUGGCUAUACGCCCGCUGCUGCGCUUGGAGACCCGACGCAGAAGGCGUAG